GCCUGUAUAAAUGUGACGGCAUUGUCAUAUCGACCAUACUGGAGUGUAGAGGAAGAAGAGCACUUGGAUGGUACUACCAUUAAGAGUUACUCAGGCAGUGACGCCAUGCUACUGAAGACCAUUGCCCACGCCCUCAACUUUACUUUCCGUGUUCUUCCUGUCUCUUCUUGGGAUCAGGUCACAGGUUUGGUGACGGGGAGAGAGUCCUUGAUGGCCACAGUGUAUCAUACAAUAUUACCACAACGCAGUCUUCUAUAUGAUUACACAUAUGCCUACGAGCAUGUGUUUAUGCACUUCACAAUGGCCAAACCUUUGCUCAGCUCCAAUUGGCAAAGUCUGUACGACCCUCUGGCAGACGAGGUGUGGGUUUCAAUCCUCGUGGUCCUUUUCCUGGUGUCGUUGCUGCUAUAUACGAUUGCACGACUAGCGCAUAGAAGACAAUUUGAUAACAAAAUUAAUGCCGGAGACGCAGCUCACAUAGCUAUUGGAACUUUGCUGGCCCAGAGUGUCAACAAAUACCUUUUGAGCAGCUCGAGCCAGGUGUUGGUGGCGGCUUGGUUGGUAUUCGCCUUCAUCGUGGGGACGGCUUACCGCGGCAACCUCACCGCCGCCCUCACACUGCCCAAGUACCCGCCCAGACCAGAGACUCUAGAGCAACUCGUCAGGGUCGCAGACAAGGUGACCAUGGCUCCUUACGGAGAAGAAUUUCGUCAAUUCUUCAAACAAUCGGAUUCUGGUGUGUUCCAGGCCCUCUCAGAUAUCAUGGAAAUUGUACCUACUGCUGCUCAAGGACUACGUCGGGCCUCUGAGGAGAGGGAAUCUUACAUGGACGGGCGUCGCUACCUGGAGCAAAUGAUCGCUGAUCACUUCACAAGGGUGGAUGGCAGCACACAAAUGUACGUUGGAAGAGAGAGCGUUUUACCGGCCCUCGGAGCGUGGCCCAUACCCCACGACGCUCCCUACAAACCCCACUUGGAUAAACUUAUGCUGUACAUCGUCGAGUCCGGAUUGUACGAGAAAUGGAUGGAAGAUAUGCUGAGCAAAGCCAGGCAAGAUAGUCGCGGAAGAAAGCGGGAAUACCAAAAGAAGCAAGGCCAGGAGGUGGUCGCUGUACAAGAAGGUGACAAAAGGAAUCAAGCGCUGACACUCGUCCACAUGCAAGGACCCUUCAUACUCCUCCUUUUGGGUCUCUCUUUAUCUUGUAGCAUCAUUUUGACUGAGUUUGUGAUAACAUUGUUCAGAAAGGAAACAAUAAAAUAUUAGAGCUCUGCGUGUACAUGAGAGAGCAAUCACAUGAUGUUAGCUAAUAAAAUCAUCUAGUCCUGAUCGAAAGUGACGCUUUACUCUGUGUAAUGUUCAGAUACAAUGGAUGUUCGCUCUAACACAUCACAUUAAAAUCAAACUGAUGGUGUAAGAAAGAUAUGAAUCACAACACUCUCAAAAUUAGCACUGUGACAACCAUCACGUUGACGGAACAGCUCCUAACGGCAGUUUCGAAUAAUUUAAAAACAAAGGAGACUUUAAGAGACCACCAGGAGAUCCUUACAGAAAAAUAUCACCAAAAUCCAUUAAUCGUUCAGUAUAAGUAAUAUUUUUUAUAUGGCCGCAAUAGCUGUCAUGUUACAUGAGAGAACAAUAUUAAAACAAGAUAUAUUUUUUGUAAAAUUUUCUCAAGAUCUUAAAAAACAUCCUUGAACACUUUUGAUAUAAAAGAUUUUUGGAAAGACAUUGAAACAUCAAAAAAUAUAUUGUGGUACAUUAUCAACACAAGAUAAUUUGUAGAGGCUCAUCAAGAGACUCAUUCUGGCAUUUACUUUUUUCUAACCACACAGACCAAGACGAAGAAGUUAUGAUUUUAAAAUGUUUAAGUUGGCUUUUAUUUUGUUUUACUGGACUGAUUAGUGAAAUUACUUGAAGACGGAAAUCUGUUGCCGGUCAUCGCCACAGUAAAAACCUUUCCAGCACCGCCAGACUUCAUCAGGAAUGAUAUCACUUGGCAGUUAGCUUCAUAAGAACUCGAACUCAUCAAUACUUGUGAAGUGAAAUGACCACUGCUUCCAUUCCGUCAUUUUGAUGGUAUUA